AGAAGAACUGGAUUGAAAAGUCGUUCCACACAAUUAUUAGGAUUGAGGUUUGGUUGGGUCGUCUUGGUCGUUUGGUUCGAGGUCGGCGAAUUCUUCUCUUCCCUCUCAUCAUGCAAAUUCCCAGAUUCCAUCCUUCGACCUUCUUCCCCUUACCCACCCACCCACGUCGUUCUCCUCGCCGACCCUCACGUCCCUCACCCUCGACUGUCCUACGCACCGGAUUCGAACCCAUGGAUGAACAUGCUUCGUCAGGCAAUGGACGAGUUGUUUAUGCGUAAAAGUUGGAAUGUGGUCAUGCGACUGGGAAGGGUGGAUGUGGUUUUGGUCCUUGGAGAUAUGUUGGAUUGGGGGAGGGGAGUGAUGAGUGAUCAAGAUUACGACGACUAUGUCUCCCUCUUUCGUUCAAUAUUCCGACUUCCAACUUCCACACCGAUGUUCUUCGUUCCCGGUAAUCAUGACGUUCCUCUCGGUCCUAACCCUCUUUUCUCACCUUUAGCAAGAGAUCGUUAUUCUAAACAUUUCUCACCUCCAAACGCCAUUUUACCAAUAGCCAACCAUUCUCUCAUCCUUUUAGACGCCGUAGGAUUGGUAGAAGAAGAUUAUAGGAGGUACGCUGCUGAAAUGCAAUUUGGUGAAUGGGACGGUGUAGGUGGUGGUGUUAUUGAAUUCGUAAAAGCUUUAGGAGAAGAACGUACUCUUGGUGAAACUGGAGAUCCAAAUGGUUUGAUAGGACCUGCUAUAUUGAUUUCACAUAUACCUUUGGCGAGACCGGAAAAAGCGGAUUGUGGAUCUUUGAGGGAAAGAGGUAGGAUUGCUAAAGGUGCUGGACCGGGUUAUCAGAAUUUGUUAGGGAGUGAAACGACGAGGUUUUUGUUGGAUGUUAUAAAACCUAGUGUUGUGUUUAGCGGCGACGACCACGAUUACUGCGAAUACACUCACCCGCCCGGUAUCCGCGAAGUCACCGUCAAAUCAUUUUCAUCCUCCACAGGUAUCCGUCGACCAGGCUUCCAACUACUCUCUCUUGUCCCACCUCCACUGUCUCCUUCCCCCUCCUCUUCCACCACCACCACCCUUACUCACGCUGACCGACCUUGUUUCCUCCCUGAUCAACUUGGAGUGUAUAACAGAGUUUAUCUCCCACUAGCAAUAGCCACGUGUCUCUGGUUACUAUUCACCAACCUUCGAUCGGCAUGGAAACGUUCUUCAGGACUUUCAAGCAUUUACUCUGAAUUGAAAUCUCGUUUAUCACCCAACAUGUCAAAUUCCGAUCAAAUGCCAAAUUCCGCGACUUUAUCCAGAGGAAGAAUAUCGGAUCGACCUGUCCCACUCACACUUCCUUCGAGGAAAAGCUCCCAACAUUUAUUAGGUAUGACCAGUAUGACAAGUUUAUCACCUUUGAACUCCACUUUACCGAAAUCUGCAAGAUCCGGUUCGUUCGGAUUAUCAGUUGAAACUCCUUCUAGAACACCAUCAAGAUCAGCUCCUGUUUCACCUUCCGCUUCACCUAGAUUAUCAUAUGAUGAUUCGAAAGAUGACGAGGAAUCUUGUUUGGGAAGUACCACUUCUGGUUAUGGUUAUGGAGGUCAUACGAAUUCUGGUCAUGGUGGAAGUGAUACACCGAGUUUAUCAAGAAGAUCAAGUUAUAUUUAUAUGCAUUCCCUCUCUGAAAAAGAGAGGGAAGGUGGUGGAGGAGGUGGAGGAGGUGGAUCUUAUUUUUUACCCAUACCUACUGGAUUAGGAUUAUCAACACCUAAUUCACAUCCUCAAACUAUAAGAAGAGUUUCUUCUAAUCUUUCAAGAAACGGACAAUCUCAACAAAAUCAAUCACAAUCGUACUCGAAUCAAAACCAACCAUCGGAUCAUUCUCAUCCUCAUUCUCAAAAUCUGAUAUAUCCUCAACCCAAUCCUCAAGAAGAGUAA